AUGUUCACACCCGCAAGCUAUUGCGAAAUCAAGGAGCGAACGCACAAAAACGACGAAAGAAUAAAGUUACUGCAUGCAAUUAACGCUGUGCUGAAUGAACGUCACGAAAUCGAGACGAAUUUCAAGCAGCUCAGCAUGAAAUUCAACAAGAUGCAAAAAGAAGAGACGGAAAGGAGGGAAAAGUACGAUGUGUCACGCAAAGAGCUACUGCACGAAUUGGAGAAGAAAGGCGGCACAUUGUGCAAGGACCAUGCCCGGUUGCAACAUCAAAUCGAUCAUGUAUCGUGGCAUCUGGAAGGCUGUCAUCGUCAUCGGCCGUGUCACGGCACGCAUAAUCCCGCUGCCGAGCAUUGUCCCAACAAAAAGUCCACGGGCAGUUGCAUCUCGACGGAGGCGGGAAGUGUGCACAAGCCAUCGGUCAUGGGCAAUCUGAAGGCGACAUCGGAACGCUUGGUCAAGAGUAUUGUAGAUUUACGAAAGAAAAUUUACAUUGUACACGAGAAGCUGGAGAACGAGCUGAAGCGUAAGAGAGAGAUGGAGAAGAAAUUAUCGGAUCUUCGCAAGGACAUUUCUCGUCAGAAGAAAUUGUUAUCUGUGCGACGAAACAUUUGCAAUAAGGGAAAGGUACCGGAGCGUUUGCCAAGAAUUAUCCCUGUCAUCGAGGAGCAUUUGUUGGUGCACAACAAUCAUAUUAACCAGGAAUACGCACGACAUCAUCAUCAUCAGCAUCAGCAGCAUCAACAACAACAACCGCCCGCACAGCCAACAGCCAAAGAGCGCAACGCACUUUCAUGUUUCCGCAAAAAGUUAUUAGCAAUUGCCGGCACUGCAUUACGCAAAUGA